ACGCUUCGGGGCUGUCGGAACCGGGCCAGGUGGAAGCCGUGCAGGAGCGAUCGCAGCGUGCGUUGGAGGAAUACGAGCUCGGCCGGCAGCCCGGGCGCUUCGGGCGGCUGCUGCUCCGUCUGCCGGCGCUGCGCCGCGUCUCCUCCGCCGUCAUCGAGCAGCUCUUCUUCGUCCGCCUGGUGGGCAAAACCCCCAUCGAGACCCUCAUCCGAGACAUGCUGCUCUCCGGGGCGGCCUUCUGCUGGCCCUACGGCCCGAUGCAGUGAUGGGGGGAUCGUGGGGGGUGGUGCGGAGUUGUGGCUUUCAGGGA